AUGGCGAGGCUCCUGUUGGCCCUCGUGGGCCUGCUGUGCUGGUUUGCAAACCGGCAAACGUGCGCGUGGGGGAGCUCCACCAACAGUGGGAGCGGCGGCAUGUACGUCUCCCCCGCGCACUCGUUCAACUCUCCCUUCACCGUAAACGACCUGAACAACGGCUGGGUCAUCAACUACUCCACGGCCAGCACAAACAAGUACCUGGUGCUCAUCCCAAACGUGUAUAACCGAAGGGGAUUCCUCUACCACAGCAAGCCACUCCUCUCGGAUACCCUAAACAUAGAAUUCAGUUUCCACAUAAAGAAGCAGCUCUACAGGGAGCACAUAGACGACAGCUACUACAAAACUAAUCAGGUGAAAGAAACAGUUUAUAAAACCGCUACAGAGGAAAAGAACAAAAUAAAUGGCUUCGCCUUUUGGUUGCUACCCAACGAGUUUUCCCUGCAAAAUGUAAAUGCAGAAGGAGAGAAGCAACUUGAAGAAGAUCAGUUUGGGCUGUAUGGUUUUAAAAAGGAUUUCAACGGCAUCGGGGUGGGCUUCCAAUUACGCGCAAACGAUUUAGUACUAUCGGGAUUAAUUAACAAUGGGAAGAAGAAUCUCAACGUGAAGGAGAAUGUCACGAAGAGUUACAAUCUGAGCCUACUGAGCAUGGACGAGCUGGUCUAUGUAAAGAUAACCACACAGAAAAACGAAAUGAGAGUUUACUUGUUCAAUGCGAGCAACAACAGCUAUAUUCACAGCUUAACGGUGAAGAAACAAAUACCGAGGGAGAAUUACAUCGGGUUUAGUGCCUUUAAUUAUAAAGAGAAUGAGUUGCUGCCCGACACGCAUGCGGAAAAGUAUGUGCCAACCUUUGUGGGCAUCACACACGUUUCCAUCUCGAGUAGCGACAUUUUCCCAGACGGCCAGCAGGGAGAGUACUCAGGGAAAGAAGCAGAUUCGAUGGAUGAAAGUGAGGAGCAGCACUUGGGGAAUGACCCCAGUGAUGUCCUCAGCGGACAGGACUCCAGUCACCCGAACUACCAUGGCUACCACAACCAAGCGGAAGCGCUCAACUCCCUCAACGCGACGCUGCAACAAUUUAUGUCCUACCAAAUAAGUAGCGAGAAAAAAAUCCUGCAAAGCCUUAACACCCUGCAGGAGAGUAUCCAAUACCUACACGCAGAGUUAAAGCAAGUAAAAAAAAAUGUAGUGACCAAGAGUGAAGAUCCCAAGCACUUUCAAAAGAUUUUCACCACAGAGUUGAGUGGCCUCAAAAGUUUAUUCCAUUCGCAUGCACAGCAUAGCAAGAAAAAUAUGGAGGACAUCACGGAUAGGCUGACCAAACGGAUUAAUGAGAAUCAGGAAUUGAAGCUGCUCGCGGAGAAGGCCCAGAAGCUGGAGACCAUCAUCAGCAAGGGCAACAGCACGUCGUACCACUUUUCGUUUGCCUUUGCUGCCCUCAUCAUUUUGACGCUCAUUUUGAUUUACAAGAAGAUCAGGGACGUCGAUAAGAAGCACAUUUUGUGAGGCCAAUCCGCUGUAACGAGAAGAACAUUUUUGUGAGGCAAAUCCGCUUUGACGAGAAGAACAUUUUGGUGAGGCAAAUCCGCUGUAACGAGAAGAACAUUUUGGUGAGGCCAAUCCGCUCUGUUUAGAGGGACAUUUUUGCGUUCCGCCCGCCUUUUCCCCUGGCAGUUCCCCUACUGAUGUGUAUUUUUU